AUGCCUCGUCCAGGCAAGUCGACUUAUUCCGAUGAAAAACCGCCAUAUUCUUAUAUAGCUUUAACAGCAAUGGCUAUACAAAAUUCACCAGAUAAAAUGUUACCAUUAAAUGACAUUUAUAAAUUUAUUAUCGAUCGUUUUCCAUAUUAUCGUCAAAAUACACAAAAAUGGCAAAAUUCCUUAAGACAUAAUUUAUCGUUUAACGAUUGUUUCAUUAAAAUACCAAGAAAAAUGGAUCGACCUGGAAAAGGCAAUUAUUGGGGUCUACAUCCAAAAUGUGGCGAUAUGUUUGAGAAUGGUAGUUAUUUACGACGAAGAAAACGUUUUAAAGCAAUGUUUAAUAGCAAUAAAUUGAAAGACGAACAUACUGUUCGUAAUACAAAGAAAAAAUUAUCAAACAAUCGCCAAGAAACCAAAAACUUGAAAAAAAUUGCUGCUAAUACUACUUAUUCACCUAUGGGAUGUGAUGAACAAAUACCACUUCCAUGUACAACAAAAAAUUCAUUUCUUAUCGAUGAUUUACUUGCAGAUCAAUCGAUUUCUCCAUCAUCAUCUUCACCGUCACCAACAUCUAUGCGAAGUGUUGAAUCAACAACAAAACAUCAAAUAUCACCUAUACCAUUAAUAAAACAGCCAACAUUUCAACAAAUUUUAUUCUCAGAUCAUCUUGUUCGUAAAUUAACAAUUUUAGAAUUAUUAGCCGCACACUCAAAUAAACAUUUAAAUGUAUAUCCUCUUAACCAACAACAACAACAGCAGCAGCAGCAGCAGCAACAACAACAACAUCAAACGACUGGAUCAUCAUCUCUAAACACAUUAUAUCAGUGGUAA